UAUAAAUAGAUAUAUGUAUAUAUAUGUGUAAAUAUUGUCGCGUGAUGAAUACUUCGAUUAUUGGAAUAUAUUUUGUAUUUACAUAUAAUUCAAAGAAUCAACUCUUUUAAUAUAAUGUUUAAACACAAUGGCUGACUGGACAUGUUUACCGGAAGUAGUACUUGGAAAAGUUCUCAGUUAUUUGGAAAUACUCGAUAAAUUCUGUAUUAGUAAAACAUGCCGUUCGUGGGAAUGUGCUGCUUUCAGACCCGAGGCGUGGGCGAAUGUAUGUAUUUCUGGAGAAAAGCUUUUACUUCAGAUAACAUGCAAUAUGAUGUGUCUUGACGAAAUGAUUUCAGAAUAUAAGUUUAGCUCAGAACUUUUAUUUUUUGUUCAAAAGGGAAGUCAUCUUAUAAAGAAUCUAAAUGUAACAUUUUGCAGACAGUUUGACAUUGAACUUUUUAAACAUAUAACAUCUGAUUGUCAAAAUCUUACAUCUUUACAAUUAUCCAUAUGGUCCAAUACGAAAGAGAAAUUAGACAUGAUGGUUCACGAUUGUGUAAACAAUUUGUUUAUAAAAAAGAAAGAUAUCAAAGUCGUCCGAAUCUAUGAUGUUUCUUCUGGUGCUUUUCCCAAGAAACUUACAGAUCAAAGUCCAUUCCUUGAUGGUGAUGUUAUUCCAGGACUCAAUGUGUCGAAGUCAAAAUAUCCUACAAUUCCAUUCGGAGCUUCUCAUUCACAACAUCUUAAAGAGCUAUGGAUUGUCAAUUCCUUUAAGCUGCAUUCUUUAAGGAAUAUCUUGUAUUUAGUAAAUCUGACAGAGUUAGCUAUUAAUCCACAACAACUUAAUCAUAGUCUUUUAGUUCACCUAGCUUCAUACUCUCUAACAGAUCUUUUCAUUGUUGCCAACGAAAACACGCGGGAAUUUUACAAUGAGGCUAUUAACGAUACACAGUGGAAGGAUAUAAGGAGGAAUGGCCCAACACUUCGAGUUCAUUGUUACUUUAGCUGCACCCAUGAAUGGGCUGAAAAAGAUGUUAUAUUUAAACCAAGCAUGCCUUUGGCUUCGCUUGUUUAUAGAAAGAACGUCUGGCUGCGAUAUCCUUGUUUUAUUUCUGAUUUUAUGUCGGCAUAUUGUGAAACUUUAGAAGAAUUCGUAGAUUAUAGUUUAUCAGAACUGACAUAUCAACAAGGCUAUGCCAAAUCAUUUCUUUCUAGAAUGGACAAUUGGGUAAUUAACAUUGCCAGAAACUGUCAGAAACUGAAAUGGCUUACGGUUAAAGAACCUUUAUCUAGUGCUUCAUUAAUUUUGAUUGCGUGUCUCAAUAGAAAUAUUAGACGUUUUCUUGUCCGUGAUGAUAUGAUCAUUUACACAAAUGACAUCCCCGAUGAUGUUUUUCCAGAUGAAGUUAUACGAAAGACAGUGACUCUUUUCCACGAAACCCCGGAGAAGCUUAAUGAGAAGAUGUCUGAAAUUUUUAAUACCAGAUGGACGCCAUUGUCCAGGAGUAAUUACUUUGCUAUCCUAAACAACAAAUACAAGAAAUUUAAAUAAACUAUUUCUAAAUAUUA